AUGGUUGAUCUGAAUCCCAGCACCCUUACCCUUCUUUUCGGGCCUCAGGAUCCCGACAUCGACAUUCGACACUUGACCGCACUUCGAACUGCCUUGCUGGAAACAAGUCAUCUCCAGUGGAUGGUGAACCUCCUGGUAAAACUACCGCAAGAAUGGUCAACAAUCUCCGCGGCCCAUCCUGAGCUCCAAGCUUUCCGGGGUCGAAAGUAUCUUGAUACGUUGAGUGAAUGGGUGAGAAGAGGAGAACUAUCCCAAGAGCUAUUUCCAUUGCCCAAUAUAUUGGUCACGCCAUUGGUUAUCGCAACGCAAUUAGUACAAUAUACCAAAUUUGUGGAGCAAAUGAACCCAAACAUCACGCGUGAGGAUUCCCUGAAGAGCGUGUUGAAGGUCAACACCGAGACAGCGGGUCUCUGUUCUGGGCUGUUGAGCAGUGCUGCCGUUGCUAGCUCGGGAAGUCUUGCAGAACUCGAAACACACGGCGCCGCCGCUAUCCGAAUGGCAACAGCUAUAGGUGCACUAGUCGAUGCAGCAGACUCGGAAGACGAAGAUGGCGAUAAGUGGCAGUCUGUCGCGGUUGGGUGGACAUCCCAGACUGCGGAAGAGAAGCUGCAUGGAAUCGCAGAGCGUUUUCCAGAGGCAUACAUUUCUGUCAUCUCUGAAGCCCGCCUGGCCACUCUCACUGUUCGAAAAGUGGAUGGGAACGAGAUCCUAAACCAGUUGAAGGAAGCUGGUUUGAUUUUCACAAAAACAUCCCUGCGUGGCCCCUUCCAUUGUGAGCGCCGCAGGAGCCAGGCUACGGCUCUUCUGGAUCUCUUUGACUCAGAGCCCAAGUAUCGCUUCCCGGCCACAUCACAGCUCGCUUUUAAAACACGGGCAGCCGAUGGCUCGAUCCUCCCCGUGGACGGAAAGCUCCACAAAAUGGCUGCGUGUGCAAUGCUGACGGAUCAGGCUGAUUGGCAUAAGCUGUUCACGACACUGCAUGAAUCGACCUCCCUGGUCGUAACCUUCGGAAGCCAGCGUUUCGUGCCCCAGUGGUUCCUCCGCAAGCUUGGCACUAAGCUGUCGCAUGCAGCCAAUAUCGAUAUCCAGGCAGAAAAUUGCUCUGCCCCAAUGUACGCUUUGCUAGACCCCACCCCACAUGAUUCCAUCGCCGUGGUCGGUAUGGCUUGCCACUUCCCCGGCGGUAGCGACCUGGAUGAGUUCUGGCACACAAUUUGUGCUGGAGAAUCGCAGGCCCGUGAAGUUCCCACCGACAGAGUGAACUUCGAGUAUUCAGCUUGGCGUGAGAACAAUCCAGACCGAAAAUGGUUUGGUAACUUCGUGGACGAUCAUGAUGUGUUUGACCACAAGUUUUUUCAGAAGAGCCCGAGGGAGGUUGUCUCGACUGACCCACAACAUCGACUGAUGUUGCAGCAUGUCGGUUGCUACGUCGGCAUUGGCGUAACGGACUACGAGAACAAUGUCGCUUGCCAUGAACCUACGGCUUACACAGCCACUGGAAAUCUCAAGUCCUUUGCUGCCGGCAAAAUCAGCCAUUUCUUCGGUUGGAGCGGACCGGGAGUCACAAUAGAUACGGCUUGUUCAUCCUCUGCCCUAGCAGUGCACCACGCAUGCCGCGCAAUUUUGGGCGGCGAGUGUGAUGCCGCGCUCGCUGGUGGAGUUAAUAUUAUGACAAGCCCCGAAUGGUAUCAGAACCUCGACGGAGCGUCUUUCCUCAGCCCUACUGGACAAUGUAAGCCAUUUGAUGCGGCGGCGGAUGGUUAUUGCAGAGGAGAGGGUGCCGGCGCUGUUUUUCUGAAGAAACUAUCUGCCGCGCUCGAGGAUGGCGAUCAGGCCCUCGGUGUUAUCCGCGGUUCAAGCGUGAACCAAAACGAGAACUGCUCUGCAAUUACUGCCCCCAGUAUCUCAUCUCUCAGCAAUGUCUUUUCCACUGUUCUCAGGAAAGCUAGACUUGAUCCUAAGCAAAUCUCGGUGGUGGAGGCACACGGCACCGGGACACAGGUCGGUGAUCAAGCCGAGUACAACAGUGUCCGCAGAAUAUUGGGCGGCCCAGGCCGUGCACAGCCUCUGAAUCUGGGAUCGGUCAAGGGCCUUAUCGGCCACCUGGAGUGCGGCUCUGGGAUCGCUGCCUUGAUCAAAGUACUGCUGAUGAUUCAUCACGGCUCCAUUCCCCCGCAGCCUGGCUUUCAGACCCUGAACCCAAAGCUCGGAGCCUUGCCAUCGGACAAUAUCGAUAUCUCCAAGGUUCUAAAGCCAUGGCAAGCAGACUUCCGGGCAGCACUGCUGAACAAUUACGGUGCCUCCGGCUCAAACGCCUCUUUGGUUGUAACCCAGACAGACCAAUUUACACGCGAAAGCAAAGCGUCCGGAAACAUCGACGAAUGGAGGCGUCCCUUCUGGUUUUCUGCCUUUGACAAUCAAUCAUUGCGAUCGUAUGCGUUCAAGAUGAUCCGAUUCCUACGAUCAAGAAAGCAAGAUGAUCACUGUUUCUUGAUCCGCAAUCUGUCUUACCAAUUAGCCCGCCAGUCGAAUUGCUCGCUUGGAGAGGCACACAUAUUCAGUUGCGCUUCAGUGGACGAGCUGGAAGCAAAACUUGUCAAUCUGGUAGAUGGCUCUAGCGAACCGGAGGCUUAUGAGUACUUCCCUGUGCUACGGACUCAUCUCGACCGAUGCCAUGAGGCCUGUUUAUCGCUGGGACUGAAAGGCAUUGUGCCAGCCAUCUUUGAGCGCCAGGCGAGAAGCAUCAUUGAAUUGCAGACUAUGCAAUUCGCUCUGCAGUAUUCCUGCGCAAAGAGUUGGAUCGAAAGUGGCGUGCAGGUCACAGCGCUCGUAGGUCACAGCUUCGGUGAUCUCACGGCCAUGUGUAUUUCUGGAAUGCUCACGCUCGAGGACGCCCUGAAGGUGGUCUCGGGACGGGCCAGAAUCAUUGAAGAGAAGUGGGGCCCGGAGAAGGGCUGCAUGUUAGCUGUUGACGGCGAGCGGGAGAUUGUCCAACAGCUGCUUCAACGGGUGAAUGACGCUUCCUCAGUCCCAGUUACGAUUGCCUGCUUCAACGGCCCCCGAAACUUCACUCUGGCCGGCACCGCUGCUGCGAUCGAACUUGUCAAGCAGACCGUAUCUUCUUCCCCCACCUUUUUCGACAUCAAGACAAAGGCCCUUGAUACUACCCAUGCUUUCCACUCAUGCUUAGUUGAUGAUCUGGUUCCUGAACUCGAGAAGCUCGGAGAAGACUUGAUCUUCCGCAAACCAGUUCUUCACCAUGAGAGAGCAACGCAAGAAUGUGCUAGCAGUCCGCCCCCAUCGACGGUAUUUGCUUCUCACAUGAGAGACCCCGUACACUUUGAUAAGGCGGUGCAGCGCCUGGCCGAGCGAUAUCCGUCGAGCAUUUGGCUCGAGGCGGGUUCGGGUUCGGGUUCGGGAGUAACAAGUCUUGCCAGCAGGACUGCUGGACUUUGGAAUAUGACUUUCCAGUCCAUCGAUAUCUCCCGCUCAGGAGCUGUCCAGAACAUGACCGACGCGACAGUCAACCUCUGGAAGGCAGGGCUUAACCAUUCUUUCUGGGAACAUGUCGGACCGGCAAUCGACCGUCCCAUCCUUUUGCUUCCACCAUAUCAGUUCGUCAAGUCCAAACAUUGGUUGGAGCGCCGCAAACAGCAAGUCAAGCAGAUCGAGUCAGUCGUGCAAAUACCCAAUACUCGAAACGGCAUGUGGUCGUUCAUUGGCUACGAAGACUCUACAAAGACACACGCACGAUUCCAGAUUCACCUUGAAUCGGAGGAAAUGAAGGCUUUUGUUGGGGCCCAUUUUAUCGCACAAACGGCGGCGAUUUGCCCCAGUAUGCUGCAGCAAGUCAUUGCUCGUGAUACGUUGGCAAGUCUGGUUGAUGUAUCAAAUCUGCUUCCCGCGCUGGAAUGCAUGGAGAGCGAGUCGCCUUUAUGCCUAGGCGGAACGAAACAAGUCUGGCUCGAUGCGGAGAUGGUUGAUGACAGCCCGAUUACCUGGAAAUUCCAUAUCACCAGCACGGAGAAAGACGUUGAUGCCACACAGCACGUUUCAGGUCGCAUGGUGUUCCAUUCGCCUGAAUCUGCUGCUCAGACCUUUGAAACAUACGAGCGAUUAGUCGAUCACAGGCGCGCUCUGGCCCUGCUGGACGGUGACGAGUCUGACCAAGUCAUCAAGGGGAGUCGUAAUAUCUACAAGGUGUUCUCACCUGUGGUGCAGUACAACAACGACAGUUACAAGGGGCUCCAAAAGCUGGCCUCUUCCAGAAACGAGUCUGCAGGACGCAUCGUCAAACAGGAUCCGACAAACACAGUUCUUAGCGUUGGUCUUGGUGAUACCUUCUGUCAAGUGGCUGGUAUCUUCUUGAAUUGCAUGUCUGAUUGCGAAGAUGACAAGAUCUUCCCGAUGGAUGCGAGACCAGAGCGCUGGGACGUAUAUGCGCGCCAUCAUCAACCAUCGCCCAAGGAGUACGUUAGCGACUUGUUCGUCUUUGAUGCCGAAACCAGCAAACCGGUGUGGAUCGUUUUGGGUCUUCAUUUCGUGGAAGUCUCAAUCGUCGGCAUGUCCCGACUCCUGACAAAGCUGACUGGUGGACAGCCAGUCCAACAGGCAGCUCCCACCGUAGCGGCGAUACCUGAUGUGGUUUCGAUCACUCCAAGAUUCGAGGCCUCCAAGUCAGCCGGCAUCACUGCUGUUGGUGGCAAGAAGCCAAGUGCGAAAGAAGAGACGAAGAAAGAAGUGAAAAAAGAGGCGAAGAAAGAUGAUGGGCCCGAUGUCCUCGGUGGUGUCCGAAGUUUGUUUAUCAACUUGCUGGGGCUUGACGCGGACGAAAUCCAACUCAAUUCGGACGUCGUCGAACUGGGUAUUGACUCACUGCUGGCCAUGGAGGUUGCUCGGGAGGUUGAAAAGUACUUCGGCAUCAAAUUCGAGCUGGAUGAGCUCAUGGAGAUGGUGGAUGUGCGGAGUCUGGUGAAUAGCAUUCGAGGCAAGAUGGGGGCAUCUGACUCCGCAACUCUUGCAGACAGUACCGACGAGUUUGCUACAAAUUCCUCGGCCAGUGACUUCGUUCUGCUUCAAGCCAGUGAGGAUGGCGAAACCAAUGGUGGACUGUAUAAGGCUGAUGCACAGCUCCCCACCCGUUCUAUCGCGGAUCUUUUUACACAGACAAAGCUCCAAACGGACCGAUUCAUCGCAGAAAAUCAGCUCUCCGGUUAUUCCCAUCACGUCCAGCCAAAAUUGACAGAGUUGGUCAUUGUCCACACACUCGACGCCUUCGACCAAAUGGGAUGCUCUAUUCGUUCUGCGAAACAGGGUGAAUCAAUCCCUCCCAUUCCUCACCUGCCCAAACAUGACAAGGUCAUGGCCGUUCUGCGAGGCUUGUUAGAAAAAGCGCGCCUUGUGGACGUGGAGGGCUCAACAUUGAUUCGCACAGCGAUUCCCGCUCCAUCCAAGUCAGCCUCCCAGUUGCUUCAAGACCUCUUACAUGAGUAUCCUGAGCACUCCUACGACCAUAAACUCACUAGCCUGACCGGAUCCCAAUUGGCGGAUUGUUUGACAGGAAAGACUGAAGCCAUCCAGCUGCUGUUUGGCUCUGCGGAGGGGCGAGAGCUCGCGGCGGGCAUGUACGGAAAGUCCCCCAUUAACGUGGCCUGGUUGCGGCAGCUGCAGCAUUUCUGGGAGCAGUUGAUCCACCACCUCCUAGCGCAACGCGAGGAGGCAAUCAACAUUCUGGAGAUGGGUGCCGGUACUGGGGGUACGACGGCGGCAUUGUUGCCGCUUCUCGCUCGCUCGAGAAUCCCUGUCUGCUACACAGCUAGUGACAUCUCGCCCUCGCUGGUGGCUGGACUCCGAAAGCGAUUCAAGGAGUACUCCUGGAUAAAGUUUGAGGUGCUUGACAUUGAAAAACCACCCCCAGCUAAGCUUCUGGAAAGCCAGCACGUUGUGCUGGCGACCAACUGUGUCCAUGCAACCCACAGUCUGGCGAAUACCACCAAAAACAUCCACAAAAUUCUCCGGCCCGACGGGUUUCUCAUUAUGCUGGAGAUGACUGAGGCAGUACCUUGGGUGGAUUCGGUCUUUGGAUUGGUCGAAGGGUGGUGGCUCUUUGAUGAUGGUCGCGAGCAUGCGCUCGCUCAGCCAGAGUUCUGGGAGAAGACGCUGCACGGCAACGGAUACGGUCAUGUCGACUGGAGCGAUGGCCGUUUGCCCGAGAACUCCAUCCAGCGCAUUAUAAUUGCGUUUGCCUCUCCUCAGAAUCAUCGCCGGGUAUCCACAUUUCCCCCUGCUCCUUCGAAGGUCCCGGCUGACGUUUUUGCCCGCCGAACAGUAACGGAGUGGUUGGUCCAAAAACAUACCAACGGCUUUGCUGCCCCGAUCUCGCGCUUGGUCAAUCACAGUCCUUCGCGCUGUGUGCUGGUUACAGGCGCCACAGGCAGUCUGGGAUCGCAUAUUGUGGCCCAUCUCGCUGAGCAACCGGGUGUUCGCAAGGUCGUUUGUCUGAACAGGGUGAGCAGUUCAGACCCAACCGCUCGACAACACAAGGCCCUUCUAUCCAGAGACCUCUUGUUAAAUGAAAACAUUACAAAAUUGGAUAUAAUAGAGACCGACACGUCCAUGGCCAACCUCGGUCUCUGCACCGCAGCCUAUCAAGAUCUCGUCGCGAACGUUACAGACAUUGUUCACAACGCAUGGCCCAUGAGCAUGACACGUCCUGUGCGCGGCUUCGAGCCCCAAUUCAAGUCCAUGCGCAAUUUGAUUGACCUUGCUCGUGAUUGCGGCAACGAAGGGCGAAAAGUGGGAUUCCUGUUCGUCUCCUCCGUCUCAGUGGUGGGCUGCCAUCCGUUCCUGAGCGGCCAAGCACGCGUCCCGGAGGAGAGAGUCGACGUAGAAUCCGCCCUGCCAAUGGGAUACGCGGAUGCCAAGCUAGUGUGUGAGCAUAUGCUUGACGAGACUCUGCACCGACACUCCGACGUCUUCUGCGUCAGUUCCGUGCGUAUCGGCCAGAUCUGCGGAUCGAAGAUCAACGGCCAGUGGAAUCCGGUGGAACAUCUCGUGCACUUAAUUAAGUCGUCGCAGACACUCGGAGUGCUGCCGGAUCUGGACGGGGUUUUGUCGUGGUGCCCAGUUAAUGAUGUGGCGGCCACAAUGGGUGAUCUGCUCAUAGGAGAGCAGCCCUCAUACCCAAUCUACCACAUUGAGAACCCUGUGCGCCAGCCCUGGAGCGAAAUGGUGACCAUCCUUUCCGAUACACUCAAUAUCCCAUCGUCUAACGUCAUUCCAUAUGGCGAAUGGCUACAUCGAGUGCGCCAGUUUCCGCCUAGUUUGACAGUGUCAGAGAACCCGGCGGCCAGGCUGGGAGACUUUUUCGAGAUGGACUUUUUACCAACAUUCAGAGGUUUGGGUCCGAUCGAUUGGUCACUGGUCAUGAGGUAUAUCCAGGCAUGGAAGCAGUCGGGGUUUUUGCGUUGA